AUGGGCGCAGCUGCGGUCGAAGUGUACAGCCUGUGCCUGCAAGCGGCGAGCAGCGAGGCCUUCACUCGGGAGGACUGGUGCGGCAAGCUGCAAGAGCGCCUGACACUCAUGGACACCUACGCGACGCUCCUCAAGCUCUCGCCAACACUCAGCGGCAGCGACAACACGAUCAACUCUUCGACUACAGCCACUGCGGGCAUCUGCGUCAUCCCUCGCUCGGUGAGCUCGGGCCAUCUGUCCAGCCUCCCUCCCAGCCCGCAGCCUGGUCCCGCUGCCCGAUCUUCGGACAUGGCCUCCCCGCCGUGCAUCGGCGAAGUUCAUCCCAACAUGAACAGCAACCCGUCAGUGGUUCCGGCCGUGCUGCCGCCUCACAGGAAGCAGUUCAAACGAAAGAGGCGUAGGCGUGUGGAGCGGGAGGAGGGCGGGGCCUACUUGCCGCAGGAGGCCGGCGACGUGAUGAGCUCGCCACUCCGGCUUAUGGCCGAGCAGCCCGAACCGGUGCAGCAGCAUCAGCCACAACGGCGACACGUCCCGCUCGCGCCAGCACGGCUCGCCCCUCAGCUCGGCUUCAACCACGACCUUUGCCACAACAAGCGCUCCAGCAUCUACGGACUCCUCAACUGA